AUGAAGUUCCAGGUUACAUCCACCCGCGCAUUGGGGCUUGUCGUCCUCAUUGCAAGCGUUGAAGCCGCCAAACAUGGCCAUGGCCACAGCCGUCACCAUGAAAGUCGCGAUCUCGUUGUGGAGAAAAGAGGUGGACAGUGCGAGUUUCCCACCGACGCUGGUCUGGUCGCCAUUACCCCAAACGAGGAGAAUGGCGGAUGGGCUAUGAGUCCCGAUGAGCCCUGCAAGCCCGGAAAUUACUGUCCUUAUGCCUGUCCUCCCGGUGAAGUUUCUAUGCAGUGGGAUCCCAAGGCCACCUCCUACUCGUACCCCAUGUCCAUGAACGGUGGUCUGUAUUGCGACGAGAGCGGCAAGAUCCAAAAGCCCUUCCCCAACCGUGACUACUGUGAGUCGGCUGCUGGUAUUGUGAAGGCGCGUAAUAAGGCUGGAAAGUCCGUUUCUUUCUGCCAGACCGUGCUGCCCGGAAACGAGGCCAUGCUCAUCCCCACGCUGGUUGAAGAAUUAGCCGAUCUGGCCGUCCCCGGAAUGUCAUACUGGUGUUCUACGUCUGCCCAUUACUACAUCAAUGCCCCUGGUGUUGGUAUCGAGGAAGGCUGCAUCUGGGGUACCUCCGACAAGCCCGUUGGCAACUGGUCCCCGUAUACUGCUGGAGCCAACAAAGACGACGAUGGCAACACCUUCCUGAAGCUUGGUUGGAAUCCUAUCUAUCUAGAACCUACCACACCCUUCCGCAAUGUCAAGCCUGACUUUGGUGUCGAGAUUGAGUGCGAUGGCGGCGGCUGUCAGGGUCUUCCCUGUAGAAUUGACCCUGCUGUCAACGACGUCAAUGAGAUGACCGGGGAUUCCUUCGGUGGUGCUGGCGGUGCUACGGGGUGUGUUGUGACCGUCCCUAAGGGUGCGACUGCGCAUAUUGUUGUCUUUGAGAACGGCGGUAGCGGCGGCGGCUCGUCCGAGACCACCCAGGUUUCCAGCAGCUCCGCUACAUCAAGCAGCACUUCGACUCCUACCCCGACGAGCACCAGCACCAGCACAACGGAGACCCCCACCCCUACUUCCACGUCGACCUCUACCUCGACCCCUACCCCGACCUCUACCUCUACUUCAACCUCAACCUCGACCUCGACCUCGACCUCUACCUCUACCCCUACCCCAUCGUCGACUUCGACUUCGACUUCGACUCAAACUUCUACAUCUACAUCCACAUCGACCUCUACCACCUCCAGCUACACCACAACUCGCGAGUUGACAACCGUUUCAACAACCCGCUUGCCCAAGUCAAGUCCGACGUUCAGCUAUACAUACCAGCCACACGUUCUGACGGGUUCGGCCGUGCUUGAAGGCGCCUCUAUGACCACCGCCGCUGCCGCCGCAACUUCCUCAAGCACUAAUGAUGCUAUUGGCUCCACUGUCUCCAAGUUGACCUUGGCCUUUGGUGCCAUGGCUGCUAUGGUCGCUCAGUUCUAA